AUGGAGCCCCUACACAUGACCGAAUUCGGCUCCGACCGGUAUCUUGAGAAGUUUCACCAGUCCCAGGCGAACUCAGCGAACUCGGCACCCGCAGCCAUAACGCCACCCGAAUCUCCUUCAUCGCAAUUCAUUUUACCCCUACGCGGGUCACUCUCGGAGGUGGAAGCUCUGACAACCAAACCCGGCGAUCAAAAGCGCCCCGAAAGGAAGGGAUUCGGCUUUCUCAGGUCUAGAUUCCACAGUAGAGGCUCUCAAGCUUCAACCGCAAGCACAACCGCAGCCCCAGGCACAACUGAGGUCAAGGAACAACGGCCAGUGUCGACACACUCCAUAGUUUCCCGGAAAAGUGUCGCUUUUGAUCAACUCUUUGCCGGGCUUCCCAACGAGUUACAAAUCGAGAUCAUCGCCUCACUUCCGCUCUCAGACGUUUUAAAUCUGCGGUUAGCAUCUCGAUCCCUCCAUGCUCUGGUGUCGCUUAACGAAACACCGAUCACCCGCUACCACCUCGAUCAUCACGUACCCGCGUACGCCAAGCGCCUUUACCCAGCACCCGAUAAAACGCCUCUCAACUUUCAUUACCUCUGCGGCAUCUGGCAUCGGCUCCAUGUUGCGGCAAAGUUAUCGUACCUGAUUUGCGAAUGGGUGUCCAACGAGAUGUUCUUCAGGAACACGGUAGAGAAAAAGAGGGAAUUCGCUCCUCAAAGAGAACGGAUGCGACGGCGCCUAAUACCCAUGGUUUUUACUGUCUUCCACUUCUUUGAGACCUACCGAACUCUUCAUCUCCAGUAUAUCGCUGAAAACGGUUAUGGAUUGCACCGCACUCCCUACACGGUUAACCCCAUCGAGCUCAAGAUUCUCAACAUGUACGACAACCGAACCCUUUUUCAGGUCCACCAAAUUUUCCCACUGGUGAUGGCGUCUUUCGGCAGGCGUCUUCGGCCACCGUCUUAUGUUGGGCGGGUCGAGCGAUCGCUGAGGGGCUAUCUCCGGGAGAAACCCCCGGAGGAUGUCCACGUCGCGAUUCUCUGCCUCGGAGGCUUGCGGGAGGUGGAGAAGCUAUGGGAGGUCAAAGGCUACAACGCUCGACGUGCGGCUGUUGACGUUUGGUAUUCAUCCAUCUCCAAGGAAGCACCAGAGCCCGAGACAAAAAAGCGUCGGGGGAUGCUAGGAUUAAAACGCAGGAAAUCCGCGCUUGGGUUAACAAGAACGACUAGCAACGAGUCCGUUUCUGCCCCCCGGGCUUCAGAUGCUUCGAGCAUUGCACGAGGCAAACAGCCGGAGAGUUUGGUGUUUUGCACAAGUUUAUCGGCUGGCAUGCCUAUGGGUUCCUUAACGAAGGAGGAGAAUAAGGCACUCCUAUCUGAUUUGCCGGGCCUCCACAGAAUUUGGCAGGAGACUGCCGAAGCCAUGAUCUUGGGUCGCAAGAUCGUGGAACGUCCCAUCGAUAUGCGCCAAGAUGCUCGCAUUUUCACCAACCUCAUUAGCAGUGAUAUCGCCGAGGACGAAGACCAGUGGUUAUAUGGCAUCACCGUCACAGAGUCGGUACGCCCUAAUCUGGAUGCAAUAGAAGAGGACUCCUUGGAAUGCCCCUGA